AUGGCACCAACACAGUUUAGGCCUGAAACUUUACUACGAAAAUAUCGUAUAAAACAUCGGUUGACUAGAAACCUUUUAUCUGAAUGUUUUGGAACUUUCUUACUACUGUUCAUUGGAACAAGCAUUAUAGCACAACUGAUUUUAUCAAGAGAAAAACUAAACACAUGGAUUCAGAUAAACAUUGGCUGGGGUCUUGCAAUUACUUUUUCAGUAUAUGCUGUGCACAAACUUUCGGGUGGACAUCUAAAUCCAGCAAUAUCACUUGUUAUGUGGACAUUUGGUCAUUUAAAAUUUUUUGAAUUCAUUCUCUACUCAAUUGUUCAAGUAAUUGGUGCUUUUAUAGGUGCAUGGGCUACUUACCUUGAAAUUAAUAUUUUUUCGCUUUUUUCAUAUGCAAUAAAUGAAUUUGAUGGUGGAACUCGAACAGCUUUUGGUCCCAAUGGUACUGCAAAUAUUUUUGCAACUUAUCCUGCUGAGUAUCUCACAGUUUUUGGUGCUUAUAUAGAUCAAAUUGUUGGUACUGGUUUUUUGGCUUUCUUUGUCGCAGCUAUCACAGAUAAACGUAAUAAAAUCCCUGGAUGGACACAUCCAAUGUUUUUCGGUUUUUUGGUGCUUCUUAUUGGCACUUGUUUUGGAAUGAAUAUCGGUUAUCCACUUAAUCCAGCUCGAGAUUUCGGUCCUCGCAUUUUCACGUACUUUAUUUACGGUUCCCAAGUCUUCACGCACCCUUAUUCUACAUGGUUUUUGGUACCAAUAAUUGCUCCAAUGGUUGGUGCUGUAUCAUUUGCAUGGGCAUAUCAUCUUUUCCUUGGUAUGCACAUUCCAAAUGAAGAAUAUGACGUAGUACAUCAGAACGAAUUAGAAGAUCGUGAAGCCAUCAUGAUUAAAAAAUGA